ACGAUAUUCCUACGCCUCCCACUACAAACUAGAAGUAAAAUGAACAUAUAUUGGAAUAUAUUUUUUUUUUAUUGAAACACUGAUUCACCGUUUCGAAGUUCUUUUUUUUUAAUUCGUUAGUUCGUUCAUGUGUGGACAAGUGAAUAAAAAAAUGAGUGUGUCGGAUACAGUGAAAUUAUUAAUGGAUGCUUGCGAACAAAUUCGACAUGAUCUUCAAAUUAUUAUCGAUCAAACGGAAAAACAAAAACUGGUUCUACGCCAUAUAAAAACAUUUGCUAAUACUGACGCUUAUGUAAAGGACUUCCCAAAAGGCUUGGAAUGGUUCAAUGUCUCGGAGAAUCUCUCCAUGAAGAAACACCUCCAUGGGAAAAUAAUUAUAUUAGACUUUUUUACUUACUGCUGUAUCAACUGUAUGCAUAUUCUGCCUGAUUUGGAAGCAUUAGAAAAGGAAUUCUCUAUAGAGUUAGGUUUAGUUGUGAUUGGUGUUCACAGUGCAAAAUUUAUUAACGAGCGUGAUUCAACAAAAAUAAGGUCAGCUGUGCAAAGGUAUAAUAUAAUGCACCCUGUUGUUAACGAUGCAACACUUUCAAUGUGGCAAGAUAUUGGAGUAAUUUGCUGGCCAACAAUGAUAAUGUUAGGUCCAAGAGGGCAACCAUUAGUAAUUAUACUAGGUGAAGGUCAUAGAGAAGAACUAUUUUUAUACACAAAAGUUGCACUUGAUUAUUUUACAUCAAUAAACGAAAUAUCUGACCAUGCUCUUCCUAUAGCACCAGCUAUACAUUUGUUACCAGCUUCAACUGAUCUUUUACGAUUUCCUGGCAAAAUAGAAAUUUAUUCUUCUGAAAUGGGAGAAAAAUUAAUUAUAUCAGAUACUGGCAAUAACAGAAUUUUAGUAACAGAUAUUUAUGGGAACAUAAAACAUAUUAUAGGUGGAUAUAAUCCAGGCUAUAUAGAUGGUAAUUUUAAAGAAGCCAAGUUUAACGCACCUCAGGGUACUUGCGUACUCAAUGAGAUGAUAUAUGUUGCUGAUAAUGAAAAUCAUGUUAUUCGAAAGAUUGAUUUGAAAAAACAAAUUGUGACUACCGUGGCAGGCACAGGAAAACAAGGUCAUGAUUAUAAAGGAGGAAAAUUUGGUACAGAUCAAACACUUUCUUCUCCUUGGGAUGUGACAAUAUAUCAUUAUAAUAGUGGCAAAGCUGUUGUACCGAUUUUACUAAUUGCAAUUGCAGGCACACAUCAGAUUUGGGCACUCUUUUUAGAAGAUACUAUUUGGUGGAAAAAUAAAUUAUACAAAGCUGGUACAUGCGCUGCUAUUGUUGGAAACGGUCGAGAAGGAAAUCGUAAUAAUUCGUAUCCUCAUGCAGCAUCCUUGGCUCAACCAUCUGGUCUCGUAAUUGCUCAAGAGUAUAAUACUGCAUUUUUUGCUGAUAGCGAAAGUAGUAGUAUCAGACAGGUUCACUUAGAAGAUGGGAAAGUUUCUACAUUAUGUGGUGCUGACAAGAAUCCACAGAACUUACAUGACUUCGGAGAUAUCGAUGGUAUUCGUCAUAAUGCAAAACUUCAACAUCCUUUAGGAAUAACAUGGAAUUCUGUUCAACAAGAAAUUUAUAUAGCAGAUACUUAUAAUCACAAAAUUAAAAAAGUAGAUCUCGCAGGAAAUUGUAAAACAUUGUAUGGUGCUGGCAAGCCAAGUGAUACGUUCUCUUUUGAUGAACCAAGCGGACUUGUGAUAAAUAACAGUGGGGACACUUUAUAUGUAGCAGAUACGAACAAUCAUUCCAUUAAAAAGAUCGAUUUAAAGAGUAAAACCAUUUCGUCCAUUUCCUUCGUUCUCCCAGUCGAAGAUGAUGAUAAUGUUAAUGAAGAGUAUACUUUUGAUACGCUUAUAAAUGCAAAUGGGGGAAAGCUUACAAUCACAUUCGAAAUUAUAUUUGAAGGUGAUUUGAAACUAAAUUCUGAAGCACCUCAAAAAUGGUCACUCUCGUUACCAAAAGAUACUUGGAUGGCCAAAUCUCUGAGCGGCUCGCUUACAACACCAACGUCAAUUCAAAUUCCUGAUGGUUCUGAAUGUAAUAAUUUACGCUUUAUUUUGGAUAUUAUAACUUGUAAUAUCAAUGAAUGUAUACCAAAAAAGAUAUUGGUAGUAUUUAAAGUGCAGCGAAAUGUGGAUGGACCUCGUACUGUCAUCGAACAUAAAAAGAUCAUCAUAAAGAAAUAAUGAGAUAGAUCAAUUCAUUGAUGAAGAUUUUUUGCUGUUUAUGUAAAAAAUAUACCAGUGUUUUGUUGGUACAACACAAAUAUUUAGUUAUGCGCGUAAUCUUUUAAUUGUACUAAUUUUUCAAUGCUUUUAUUACGACCAGAAUAAUAUUAUCAAAGAGUAACAUUAUUUAAUUUAAUAGAGAAUUCUUUAGCAUUCUAGAUUAGACAGUUUUCUAGAUUAAUAAUAAAUUAAUAUUCCUCUCCUCCUUCGCCCUCACCCUCAACCGAAUCCAAACCAACUUCUUCAUAAUCCUUUUCCAAUGCUGCUAGAUCUUCUCGUGCUUCUGAAAACUCACCUUCUUCCAUACCUUCUCCUACGUACCAAUGUACAAAAGCACGUUUCGAGUACAUAACGUCAAAUUUGUGAUUGAGUCUACUCCAUGCUUCGGCGAUGGCGGUCGUAUUAGCCAGCAUGCAAAUCGCGCGUUGAACUUUGGCGAGAUCGCCGCCAGGUACAACCGUAGGUGGUUGAUAAUUUAUACCGACCUAAAAAUGAUAAAUUGCGAUCCUAAUUAAUGAGUUAGCGAAUUAACGAAUAGAAUCAAAAUAAUAAAAUUGGUAAAAUUCACGGAACCUAUUGGAACGUGUGCAUACCUUAAAUCCAGUUGGACACCAAUCAACGAAUUGUAUAGUACGUUUGGUUUUGAUAGUAGCAAUCGAGGCAUUUACAUCCUUCGGCACAACAUCACCUCUAUACAACAUGCAGCAAGCCAUGUAUUUACCAUGUCGUGGAUCGCAUUUUACCAUUUGGUUAGCCGGCUCGAAGCAAGCAUUAGUCAACUCUGCUACAGUCAACUGUUCAUGAUACGCUUUUUCGGCCGAGAUAACCGGUGCGUAAGUGGCAAGUGGAAAAUGAAUUCGGGGAUAAGGUACCAAAUUCGUUUGAAAUUCGGUAAGGUCAACGUUCAGGGCACCAUCGAAACGCAAAGACGCAGUAAUAGAAGAAACAAUCUGGCCGAUCAAACGGUUCAGAUUUGUAUAAGUUGGCCUCUCUAUGUCGAGAUUACGCCGGCAGAUAUCGUAAAUCGCUUCAUUGUCUACCAUAAAAGCGGCGUCUGAAUGCUCGAGAGUCGUAUGAGUAGUUAGUAAAGAAUUGUAUGGCUCGACUAUCGCCGUGCAUAUCUGGGGCGACGGAUAGAUAGCAAAUUCAAGUUUUGAUUUUUUUCCGUAAUCAACAGAUAAUCGUUCCAUCAAAAGGCUGGUAAAUCCGGAUCCGGUACCACCACCAAAAGCGUGAAAAAUAAGAAAUCCUUGGAGUCCCGUACAUUGAUCAGCUAAUUUGCGUAAUCGAUCUAAUACCAAAUCUACAAUUUCCUUGCCUACGGUAUAAUGACCUCUUGCAUAAUUAUUUGCUGCGUCCUCUUUCCCUGUGAUCAGUUGUUCCGGAUGAAAGAGUUGCCUGUAAGUUCCUGUACGUACUUCAUCUGAAAUAUAAAAGAGAACUUGUUAAAAAAUAACAUAAGAGAAAGUUAAGAACAUAAGAAAAAAAUAACAAGAUAAUCGAAAAAUCAUGAAAAUCACAAUACACAAAAAGGGGAUGAUAAUAAUCAUACCUACUACAGUAGGUUCUAAAUCCAUAAAAACAGCUCUUGGAACGUGUUUUCCUGCACCUGUUUCGCUAAAAAACGUAUUGAAACUGUCGUCCCCUCCUCCAACUGUUUUAUCUGAGGGCAUUUGCCCAUCGGGUUGAAUUCCAUGUUCCAAACAGUAUAAUUCCCAACAGGCAUUACCAAUCUGAACUCCACCUUGUCCUACGUGCACUGAUAGACACUCACGCUAUCCGUCAAUUUUAAGUAAACUCGAAUCAGUCAUAAUGAGUAAUACAAACAUUAAUAGAUCAUUAAUUGAUAAAUUGUCAAUCCUUGAUAAAUUUUGUACAAGUGACUUACCAUUUUUUACGUUUAAUUAUAUUGCUACUUUAUUUUUCAGUUAUGACGAAAUAAAAAGGGUUAUAUCUU